CAGACCACAGUCUCAGGUUUCAUCGUCGGUUUGGCGUUAACCAUGAAAUAUCAAGCUAUCAUCUCCUUCACGAUCUCUCAUAUUAUCCAAGCGUAGUGUGUCAGACGUUGAUUGUGCGAGCUCGACAGUGUGCAAAUGGCGGGAAGACAUUACUCGACUGUUACCGGAAACUCGAAAUCCAGAUCUCCAUUACUGAUCUUCGUUCUUGCGCUUCUGCCGCUCUCUUUCGUCUUUUACAUGUUCUCCUCCCCUUCUCCGUCCGAAACCACCACUGCAGCAAUCCACUCCGUCCGAAGCCCUAGCUCAGGAGUAGAUUAUUCUUUCGUAUCCUCACUUGAAAAGUUCCUAGCAAAAUCUCAGCGAUCUCCGACUGUCGGCGAUGAUUCAGUCGUCGGUGAAGCUACCGUAGAGGAUAUUCGUAAAUUGGAUGAUUCGGUAUGGAGUAAGGAGACUCAAAGGUUAUACGAAGAGCCGUUCUACCCUCCUUCUUCACCUAUUAAGGUCUACGUCUACGAAAUGCCUAAGAAAUUCACUUACGAUUUGCUCUGGUUGUUCCAAAAUACGUACAAACAGACCGACAACCUUACGUCAAAUGGUAGUCCGGUUCACCGGCUGAUCGAGCAGCAUUCAAUUGAUUACUGGUUAUGGGCGGAUUUGAUAGCACCAGAAUCAGAAAGGCUGUUGAAGAAUGUUGUGAGAGUGCAUAAGCAGGAGGAGGCUGACCUAUUCUACAUACCGUUUUUCACUACCAUUAGUUUUUUCUUGCUUGAAAAGCAGCAAUGCAAGGCUCUAUAUAGGGAGGCCUUGAAAUGGGUUAUGGAUCAACCUGCAUGGAAGCGUUCCGAGGGAAGAGAUCAUAUCCUUCCUGUUCAUCACCCCUGGUCUUUCAAGUCUGUUCGCAAAUUUAUGAAGAAAGCAAUUUGGCUGCUUCCUGAUAUGGAUUCAACAGGGAACUGGUACAAGCCAGGACAGGUUUAUCUCGAAAAAGACCUGAUACUUCCUUAUGUACCCAAUGUUGACCUAUGUGAUGCCAAAUGCGUAUCAGAAAAUGCACCAAAGAGAAGCACACUGCUAUUUUUCCGUGGGAGGCUUAAAAGAAAUGCGGGUGGGAAAAUACGUGCCAAACUUGUGACAGAACUUAGUGGUGCUCAGGGAGUACUUAUAGAGGAGGGAACUGCUGGAACUAUUGGAAAGGCAGCUGCUCAGAGUGGCAUGCGCAAGAGUCUAUUUUGCCUUAAUCCUGCCGGUGAUACUCCAUCAUCUGCCAGAUUAUUUGAUGCAAUUGUUAGUGGCUGUAUUCCUGUCAUAAUAAGUGAUGAACUAGAACUUCCUUUUGAGGGGAUUCUUGACUAUCGAAAGAUUGCUUUAUUUGUGUCCUCUAGUGAUGCUGUGCAGCCAGGGUGGCUCCUUUCAUUUCUGAGAAAUGUUAGUGCUGCUCAAAUCAGAGCGAUGCAAAUGAACUUAGUUAAGUAUUCGAGGCAUUUUCUGUAUUCGCAUCCAGCUCAACCUUUGGGCCCAGAAGAUUUAACCUGGAGAAUGAUGUCAGGGAAGCUGGUUAACAUUAAGCUCCAUACUAGGAGGUCUCAGCGGGUAGUGAAAGAAUCUAGAAGUCUGUGCACUUGUGAUUGCAGGCGCCCCAAUAGUACUAACCCAGGUCUCUUGCUUUGAACACUACAAUGUUUCUAUUUGUUUCCUUCUGUAUUAUUUGUUUGGAAUUUUGUACAUCAAUGUCUCAAUUGCUUUAGUAUGUCUUUGCAAUUCUUUCCCUUCUGCACUCUCGAGAAUUGGAACGACUUUUCUUUUGAAUUUUUAUUUAUCCCACAUCAUUUGCUUAGUGCCCAUUGUGCUGCAGAUGGAGUUUUCAUGUAUGAAUUAUGAAGAAUGUCAAUCCGUGUUAAUUUAAUUUAUUUUUGUUCUAA